CACCGAUUCAAACUUCACCUAGUGGCGGAAAAUUUGCCUGGCUUUCGUAUAGUGUCGGAAGUUAGAGACGAAAGUAGAAAGUCUCACUCCCAAUCUAUGACGUAAUGUCUGGGUCGAGCUGUUUAAAUGUGAGCGAGUUAACGAGUAAGGAAUCACUCUUCGCUACAGCUCGCGCACUUAGCUUCGCAGUUGUAAAACAUCCACAGAUUUGUAAUAGAACUUGGUGUUCUCAUGGAGACCAAAGACGAAAAUGUAAGUUCAAAUAUUCAAUUUAGAUUCCAAAUAUUCCACGAAACCUUCGCUUCACCUUCGAGAGCUCAUCGUUGUCUGCUUAUUUCCAAGCAUGAUUGAAUUGCAUUGCGAUCAGGCUUGCUUGGUGCUUAUGAUAUAGUCAAAUCGAUUAUGUCUUUAACCCGUUUCCAACACGAGCAACUGAACCACUUAAUUCCGGUGAAAAUCUACAUAUUUCGUAAAUUAUUGGCUUUUAAAAUAUUUAUUUCUCUUGUAGAUUGGAAAUUGAAAGGCUCGUUUUGGACAACUACGCUCUUGGACAAAUGAAAAUGAGAUUUUAAACCCAAAAACAGUCUUUUAUAGUUGUCGUAGAUCGGCACCACUGUACCUCAUGGCAUGACCUGAUAGACAAAAUUUGCUCAGCGUGCCUCUUGUUGUGGAGAUGAUCCCACCACAUACUAAGGAGGCAGAAUAGGGGGGGGGGGGGGGGGGGGGGGGGAUCUACGAAAGACUAGCAUACCACCUAAGCGAAGAGAAGGGGAUGAGCUCAACCCAGAUCGGUCACUUGGCUUUUAAACACCCUUUGACUCCAAAUCUCCCCCCUCCCCUCCCCUCCCCUCACCUUAGUACCCCUCUAAACUCUUAUCUGUUAAAUCUACAGUUGUCCCUAAGCUAUUUUCCUGCAAUACCUUUGCCAAAUGGCAAUGUAUGCAAUUAAUGACGUAUUUACCCCAUAGCAGACGAAUAUGAAAAUCUUUGACCACAGUGACAGAGAAUGGCACACUACAGAUAAUCAGCUUUACUCUCGCAACGAAGAAGGACAAGCUCCAGGUCACUACAUGUGGGUGAAUGGUAGAACUGUUUUAUCAAAUGCAGUCAGUGAGAACCAAAAAAGUAAGUCUAUCAAUAAAUAUACCUAUAAUCAAAACAACAGAAAUAAUGGGACCUACGCAACAAUCAAAAUAGUCGCCACCUUGGAAUAGCAUCACAAUAUUUAACCCUUUGAGCCUAAGGGAUGACUUUCAUCUAAUUUUCUCACUAUGAAAUCACACCUGAAUCACACACCACGGUCACAAGAAAAAGAAACAUUACUCUUGUCCAAAAAGACAAGUAAGUAGAAAGGAAAGUUUCUUGCCCUGUAUGCACCAGUUAAUAUAAUAUUAGAAUGGUUUACUAAACAAGUGUCUUGUUUAUCACUAUGCUUUUCAACAGCUCAUUUUAAGAUCCACACUGUCGUGGAGCUUGACGAAAACAAGAAGUCUCAUCAAGUUGUCAUUUUAGAGCAUAAAGGUGGUAGUGUUGUGGCCAUAAACCAGGAUGAUGACACUGUCAUUGCUAAGGUAUGAUGGCAGAAAAUUUCCUGUUAAUAGUUGCAUGUCAGGGCUAAAUAAAAAAUGAAAAAAACCAAGUGUGUCCUUGUCUUGGACAUUUUUUUAUGGACUUAUCGAAUGAGCAAGGAUCUUACUCACUCACCCAGAAACUCAACGCAGAAAACUGAACAGAUAUUUCUGUAUGUCCCAUUCUGAAUUUGCUGUGCCAUCAUCAACCAUAACACGAUACAAAUCUUGAGCUUAUAAUGUAAUUGCUAAAUGAUAGCCAAGGAUAAUCUUCAGACAUAGACUGUACGUUGAGUGGAGACUCUACUUAAAAACCAGGGGGUAUUAACCCUUUACAUCCUAACAUCAGUAUGCAUAUUCUCCAUACUGUUCUCUAUACAUUUCCUAAGGUGCUGACAAGGAGAAUUUGUUUAAUGAUCACGAGCAUCUUGACAUUGUUAUUAUUCCUUUAUUCUUACGACCUCACUCUUAGGAGUUGAGAAUUAACAGGGGGCCCUGGUGACUUUGGAAUGCUCAUAUUAUAUGCUAACAUUAUACUUCAGUCACACGCAGGUGUUUAGAUGUAGGAAUUUUUAAGGAAGAGGGCAGGGGAGGGAGUGGGGAGAGUGCAAACAACUGUGCUCUAUUUGAAUUUAGGAUUAAUGUGCCAUAUUAUUAUGUUGCAUAUUACAAAUUAUUUAUUUUUGAAUAUUACAGAUAGAGUACUUUACUGAAAAGGAAUGUUCUAGGUGAUGACAUGCACAUUGACAACUCAGUCGGAGUCUGGUGAUGACCUUCUGUGCAAAAGCUAACCCCUUUAACUCUCAAGAUCUGAUUGUUAACUCUCCUGUCCAGCUGCUACAUAUUUUCUUGUAAAUCAGUCAUGAGAAUUUGGUGUGCCAUUAAGAUAACAAUUUCUACCUAAUAAGUUUGAGUCUUCUAGUUACCUUAUGGACAUGAUAGGAAAAAGUUGCAUACUGAUAACUUCUGGGAGUUAACGGGUUAACAAUGAACUCCAAUGAGGCGGUCAACAUCAGCCAUUGUCACCAACAGCAGUCAUUUCCGAACGUGCUCUGACUCAGAGUCUGACUACUCUUGUCCACAGGAACUUCCUAAACCUCUAAGCCAAAGCAACUCCCUUGAAGAAGUUAAAAAAGACAAUCCUGAGGUGUUAUUUUACAAGGUGGCUAGGGAAGAAGACAGUGAGCUGUUUUACUUCAAGUCCUACCUUAAAGAUAAGCAACGCUUCCUCGGCUUUGAUCAGGAAGGAAAUCCAAUGAACACCUCCCAAGUACAACCGGAUCAGCUGGAAAGCUGGUUUUCUGUAUUUUAAAGUCUCUUGCAACUGCAAAACUAAAGUUGCAGUUUACAGUUGAAGUAAGAGAUAUUUUCCAAACAGUAAAUUCUGGUAAGGAAAUUGUUUCACUUAGGUUAAGCUAAUGAUGUCAUGCAGUGUAAGUUUGAAUACAAAAUUCAUGAAGUUUAGCAUGAUAAGACAUUUGUUUACUGUCUGUUUUAAGAUGAAAUUGCUAUCAAAAUGUAAUUUUAUACAUGUUUUAAAAAUAUUUUCAUAAAAUAGGGAUUAAAUCCACAGAAAGUUUUACAAAAUUUAUUUUCAUAAUGAAUAUCACUUUGAUGCCCAAGUAACCUCAAAACGAUUAAUUAGAGAUGAAUUUUUAAGAAAAGUGACAGUCUUUUGGCUAAUAGUGAAUUAAGAUUCAUAAUGAAUUUAGUACGUCGUAUCCUCUUAAAAGUUUCAUAAUAUUUCACAGCAUUUGUAGGAGAUAUUUCAUUUUUCUAAUGAUUUUCCUUUGUUAACGGUAUCGGGACUAUUUUAAAAAUAGAAAAACCCUCUUUUCAGUUUCUUUAAGAUCUGCAUGUAGCAAAAUGGUUGUGAACAUGUUGCUAACAAUCUUAAAUAAAUAUUUCAUUGGAAAUUAAUUUGUAAUUUGCUUUAUAUUGACAUCAAUCGAAUUAAACAUUCUGUGGCAGAGAGACAAAAAGGCGGAGAAGUACCUAAUGAGAUCUUAGGAGUGAAAGGGUUAAUCACGCACUGUUAAUUGUUUAAAUUUAAGUAUGGUAAACAUUUGUUUGUGUACGAUUAUGCGACAUUUGUAAAGAUACAGCUGUUUUAUUAGUAUUUCAUUUGUUCAGUUUACAUUUUGUCCACGUUAUGUGUAUCUCCGGUUUACGGUCAUUUCGUUCCGUGGUCAGAUCGUCCCACAAAAUAGUAAGUUCGUUCCACAUAUAAAAUAUAUACUUUCUAAACGUGUAAAUGUGAUCUGAGUACAGAGUAGCGAUCGGAACAUAGACGAAAGUAUUUUCACAACUAUUUACAAAACAGUGAGAGCGCCGUAUGUUAAUUUCAGUGUGCAUUGCAGAGCGAUGUAAGAAUUAUUCACAUAUUAGCGAGAGCUUAUGUUAGUUUUCUGUACGUC